CCACUGCAAACUAGCCUAACCCACAUUUACAAUCAGAAUCCAUUUACAUGAUGAACAACACCAACUUGUGUGCAGUGAAGCAGCAGCAUAUGUUCACUGCUGUGCUCUUUUGCCUGGUCCUCCUGCUCGGCCUCUUCCUCAACGUCUUCAGCAUGUGGGUGUUCUGUUGCCGCAUGCCGGAAUGGAAAGCUGGUACCGUGCUCCAGUUCCACCUGGCCAUCAGCGAUGUCAUCGUUUGUCCACUAGGACCCGUCAUUGUGCUUUAUUUCGCUCAGGGAAAGUACUUUUGGGAUACCUUUUGGCGUGUAACGUGCCGUCUCAAAAUUAUAUUAAUGACGGUUCACUUCUAUGGUAGUAUCUUCUUUCUUACUCUUAUAAGCAUCCACCGUUAUGUGUCUGUGGUCUACCACCAUCAGGACUCCCGAAUGAAACAAAAGGACUUUGUUCACAAGCUUUGCCUAGGAGUCUGGGUGGCUGUGUUUUUAAAAGGAAUACUGCUGGUUUCUUUUUUUGACAGCAGCAGCAAUAAUGGGAAUAUCACGAUAUGUUUAUACAUCCACCAGGGACAAACGACUGAGAUGUGUUUUGCCAUCAACUUCAUUCUAGUCAUUUUCGGUUUCCUUAUUCCAUUCACGGUGUCAGUGGUCUGCUACAGCCGCCUGGUGUGGUCUGUGUCAGGUAUCAGUGUUUGUCACCCGAAAGGCAAGCUGAUAAAGAGGAAGUCACACAAAAUGGUGACUGCCUGCCUGGUGAUAUUUGGCCUGUGUUUCAUGCCCAUGAAUGUGGUUCGCAUUGCGAUGGUGGUGGUGAAGUUUUUUUUUCCUAAAAACUGCGAUCUUCUUGAUGGAGUGGAGGUAGCAUACUUCGUCACAUGGAUCGUUUCUUUAAUUAACUGCAGCCUCGACCCACUCAUAUAUUGUUUUGCCUCACAGAAGUUCACUAAGGCUGUUCGCAGUUCCCUGAGAAAGAUAAGGGUCCACAUCCAAACAGCUCGCCAGGACGCAGAAGAAGACAGUGGUCUGACAACACAUGUCAGACCUGCCACAGGGACCAUUACUGGGAAACGUAUGACUAUGACUGACACUCGCUGA